ACUCUACAUCUCUUCAACUAUCUCUAAAAUUAAAUGUAAAAAAUAUGUUGUAAAUAAGACAAAAAACUUACCGUGAUAAGCCACCACAGAGUGCUUGGAUAUUUUUUCACCUUGCGCGGACUUAAUUCGGUAUAGUUUUGUCUUUAUUAUUUUUUUUUCAUUGAAAUUAUAUAUGUCUUUCGAAGAAACUAUCGUUUUUUCUUCACUGGUUAACUUGAGACACACAAACAUGUUACAAUUACUCGUGUUAAACGCGGCGUAUAUGUAUAAAAUCACAAUCGCGGCGAUGCAAAUAAUCAGUUCGUAAAAACAGCAAAUUAAUUGUAUAUUUGAGAAUAAUUGUGUUGACUAUGUUUAGCGGAAAUAUACUCGUGUGUAGCUCGAAUGUGCUAGAGGCCUGUCGCGGGCUCGCAAAAGCUAGCUCGAACUCCCUCAGUCGUGUGCGCUGUCUCGAUAGAGAGAGACGGAGAGUAAAUAAAACGGAUUUAAUUUACUGUUCACUGAGAGAAACAAUGAAAUGCUAGCUCAGAAAAUUCCUGCGAUUCGCGUAGGUUCUAUCUGAAAUUACCGGUAGGAUAGCUGAUAUCGAUGCUUCCUUCCUUCUUUUUUUGUUUCUUGACAUAUAAAGAGUGUUUCAAAUGAAAACUGAAUCAAAAAAUCCUAAAACAUUUUUUCCUAAAACGUUUAAUAAAAUCAGUAAGUAUUAAAUAAAGUUAAUUCAAUCAGACAUACGUCGGUGAAGUUGUAGAGGCAACUAGCAAGUUAUUAAUUAGUAUGUUUUCAAGAAUAGGGCCCUAGGCGCGUGAUUCACCGACAUAUGUCUGUUUAAAGGACAGCGUUGAUUACAUUAGCUUUACUCAGUAAUUAGUGCUUUAUUAAGCAUUUAUAGAACAAAACGGUUUACGACUUUUCAAUUCAGUCUUUAACAAGGAAUAACACUACAUGAUUGGUGAACCCUUUUUAAGAAACACCCUGUGCAUAUAUCAAGAAAUUUUAACAGAGCUGGCAAAAACCCGGGUUUUUCACGUUAAACCCAACCUACUCGGUUAUAACCGGUUUUAUUUAGUUUUGCCCGGUUAAAUCCGUUUUUUAAAAAAUUCGUAACUAUUAGGUGUAGUGAAAAGAAAUCCAUUAUUUUUUGACGCGCGCUCAAACAAUACUGAGUCAAGCAAUCACAAAACUGUCUGCUAGAAGUUUUUUUAGUAGGAAAUCUUAUCUUUUUAACGCCAUCAGUGUAAUCCGGUCGCACUUAUACAACGCGAGAUACAGCCCAGAUAACAUUUUUUGCUGGCAAGUUUUGCGCGCGAUGUGCAUGCGAACUUUGUAACAGAUUUGCAUGCGUUUUGUUCGUAGAACGUGUUACAUCAUGUAUAUUGCUUACAAGUGGCUAGCUCAUGUAUUGUCCAAUACACCAGCAUAUCACAUGCAAAUGGAUACCAUUUUGCAUGUGAUUUGCUGGUGUAUUGGAUAAUUAUAUUUGCUCGUAAGUUGCUUGCACCCAGAUAACAUCUUUUGCGCGCAAAGUUUGCGCGUCUUAUGCAUGUAAACUGUGUACGCGAUUUGCGUGACUUUUGCCAGCAAGUUGAAAUUCUGUAAUUUCAGAUUGAAAUGGGUUUAACAAGUGAGUGCUAACGCCACCGCUAGGCGGCCGCAGGAGAUUUUCUCGUGAGUUGAGUGCGGCCACAGGCGUUAUAUCUAGGCGCCACCGCCGCUAACUCGUCAGCUCAUAUACUUUAGUGACACUUUGAGGAGCUGCUUUUUGUAACCUCCAGACGAACAUUCGCUCUCAUUCUUUUCAAACAUAGCCAGAAAAUUAAUCAUCAAGAUGGCAAGUUAUAGUGGAUUUAGUGAGAAACAAAAAGGUGGAAGGAAAAUGUCUUUAGAAUGGAUGCAUGUAUUAAUUGAAAAAAAUAACGAGAAAACAAUAACUAAAUGUAAAUAUUGUGAUUGUGUUCUUAGUCCAAAAAUUGAAAGAAUCAGAACACAUUUAAAGAAAUGCACUAAGUUUAACAAAAAUGAUUCCAAUUCAGACACUGACUCAAACUCAAGUCAUUCAACAUCUGUAGCAACAUCAACAAAAGUAAAUGAAAUAAAACCAUUAGAAAUUAGCACUUUCAAUACAGUUAAAAAUAGAUCCGAUGACAGUCUUCCUAAAAAACUAAAACGAAAAGGGACAUUGAAUGAUUUCAUAAUUCCAACCACAAAACAACAAAAGAAUCAAUUUGAUGAAGCUUUAGCUGAGUUUUUUUAUGCUUCAAAUCUGGCAUUCGAAAAAGUAGAACAUCCAUCUUUUUUGCGAUUUUUGAAUCUUCUUCGUCCAGGAUAUAAUCCGCCUAAUAGAAAGGAAUUAUCAGGACCUUUACUAGACAUCGUGUCGAAAAAAAUUGACCUUAUGAUGACAUCUGAAUUGAUGCAGGAUGAUAGGCCCAUUACACUUCUGCAGGAUGGAUGGUCGAGCGUGAAAAAUGAUCCAAUAAUUGCCACUUCAAUUCACACAGCUAAUUAUAUGGAUCCUAAAUACUUUGGGAAAGAUCUGAGCAACAAUGAAGAAAAGGAAGCUGAAGAGUUAAUUCUAAAGUAUUAUCCAGAGUAUGUUGAUGAUAUAUUAAGUUUCAAAAUUAAAGAUAUUGAUAAAUACCCGUCCAACAUGUUUUCUGAUCAAGUAAUUUCAACAAUGUCAUCACAUAAAUGGUGGAUUAUUUUAGCUAAUAAAUGCGACAAAAUAGAUAAUAGUAAUGGCCCUAAAAAAGAAUUUUGCAUUUUUAUGGCAAAUCUCUUCAGUUGUCCAGUUUCAUCGGCAGCUACAGAAAGAAUUUUUUCUACAUAUGCUCAUGUCUGGAGCAAGUUGAGAAAUUCAUUGGCUCCACAAAAAAUUGACAAACUUGUUAAGAUUUACAGAUAUCAAAAUAAAUAAAUAUUUUUAAUCUUUAAU